AUGGCACAAGCACUGCCAUGUGUGUCAACCUGGUGCCAAAUCGCUUGGAACCCGCCAGCAUUGGGGCAAGCUCCCAAGGGCAGAGCAGCUUCUCAUCGUCCCACGGGCUUAGCAAGUCUCUCCCUGGGUGUGGCAGCACUGAGCCGCAUGCAGUAUCUGCGGAAUAAAAGGCACGCGCGCGCAGGCAGGCCUAACCUGUCUGGGCCAGCAGUUCUUCGGCAGAGCUCGGCGGAGGAAUCUGGCGACGCGCUGAUCCCCCCAAUGCCUAUGGGACGCUUGGUCACCAAGGGAAGUACCACAGGACUUGAAUAUGACCCUUUUGAUGCACCGGAGUUCAUCGAGGAUGAACAUGGCGGAGGCAUCUUCAGCUGGAUGCCCGUCACUGCAGAAGGUGGAUUGUUGCCAGAGGGCGAAUACGAUGAGCAGUCCUUUGAGGUUCCGGCAGAUCGUAUUGAGUACUUGCAGGGAAGCGGAUGGCUGCAAGCAAAGGGGGAUGAGGACUACCGUGCCUACAUCGUGGGCGAGGUCUCCGAAGCGCAUGGCCGCAAGUGGCAGCGUAUCAUUCUGAAAGGGCGCAAGGAGUCUGUGCACGAGGGUGGCCUGCGGCUGAUGGCACCCCAGCUGCAAGCAGGCAUGGUCUUCGAAUGCCCAACAGGUGCUGCAGGUAAUCUUGUGUGA